AAUCAGUGUCCAUCGUGUAUUCGCGAACGAACGAUGAAGACGCGAACGAGGACAAUCCUUGUCGCCUGCUUCGCGAUCGUGACGUUUAAUAAUUUUGGCACGGCGAGCGUAAAAGUUUCGUCGAAGGUCGAUUUAGAUUCUGAUCAAAAUGAAGAAACAUUAAGUAACGAGACCUUCGAUACAAUCGCGAAUCUGAAUAAUGAAUCCACUGAGCCAUUGGAAUUAAUUUUACGUACGUUUAAACCGUCGACAAUUAAUUGGCGUCGCAGAAGCGAGCUCGUAAAAUCAAGCGAACCAAGAAAAAGAAGAAUUUAUUUUUCGCAGGAUGAUUUAGCUAAACGACCAAAGGUUAUCAAUAACAUUCAAAUCGUUAUAAACAGCAACGAUAGUUUAUCAGACGGAAAUUCCUGCAAAAGUUCUGGUAUAUGUGACGUGUCCGUUUCUUCAAAACCAGAUGGAAAAGGAAAUAUUGUAACCGAUGUGCAUCUUACCAUUAUUACGAAUACAAAACCAGACGCUAAAAUCAAUAAUGUUCCAGUAAUCGAAGAUAUUCCAGUAAUUGACAGUUUUCGAGGCAUCAGCGAGGAUCAAGAAAAGCAAUUAAAUUUUCAUCCAAUAAGCACACCGAAUCCAUCACAUUCACAUCAUAAUAUUCCACAGAUUCAAACUAAUUAUGAAGGAUACGGCGAGCCUUAUCACCAUCGGCGAACUUUUCAAAGACCGCGAACGUAUUGGAAUUACCGUCACUUUGGAGAUGAUGGCAACGUAGGAUUUCGAGGUCAUAAAACGUGGUCGCGAGAGAGACCCAUAGUGGAUGAUAAAAUUGAACCACCACUUAGCAAGACCAAGUUUAGUGACGAUACGGAAUCAUGAAAUGAUUUAUUAAAUUGUGAAAUUCUUUAAUCACAUAUAAAUAUUUGCCGUAUAAAAAAUGAUAUUGAUAUUCAUGUAAUUAAAAAUUCUAUAUUUCAU